AGCGUAGAAAGUCGCUGACGUCAUGACGUGCUGACGUAGCUCUGGCUGUGGAAGCGACUCGGCUUCCCACACAGCGACCAAUAUUCUUUUCAAGUCAUUCCUCUCCACACUCUUGUUUCGCAUCGCAUUGCGAGUGACAGUCCGUGUGGACGGAGACACCUUCCAUGUAGUGGACACCUCCAGGUAUCGGUUCCAUGGAAGUCGCGGAUAGCCCGCUCAAUCUCGCUCAUCAGCAGUGCAGGAAGGCCGACCGCUUGCUGGCGGCUGGGAAGUAUGAGGAGGCCAUUUCCUGCCAUGGAAAAGCAGCGGAUUUUUUGACCGACGCAAUGAAGACCACGGAAUGUGAGCAGGCCCGUCUGUCCUUGGAGCUGCAGAGGGACAGUCACAUCAAACAGCAGCGACUGAUCCAGGAGCGCUGGAAGAGGGAAGCUCGACGCGAGGCGACAAAGGCCCGACCCGACCAGGUGCAGCCUCCCGGCUGCCCGGCCCGCCUCACCCAAACCCAAUCCGCGGGCCAGCUGCAGCCCCUCGGCCCCCCAGGCCUCUCUGCCGCUGAAGGCGCGGGGAGCCGGGAGAGGGAGUACGACACCUUGCUCUUCCAGCUGCAGACUCGGCAGACCGGUGGCUGUCAGCGUUCGACUCCUCCGUGCCCCGGAUCCAAGACCGCCAAAGAUGACAAAACUCGCCUGGAAGAACAACAGACCACCAUUAUUGACCUGCGGCGGCUGGUUGACCACCUGAUGGACGAAAACGAGCGGCUGGCGUCUGACAACAAGCAGCUACAGUCAGAGAACGGGCGUCUGCGUGCCGAGGCGGUGGAGGCGGUGGACUUUGUGGAGCGCUCUGAGCUCUGGGUGCUCCCGCAGGCGGGCGGCGCUAUGGGGACAGGGAGCGGGCAGGAGAGGAAAGGCACGGGCAAAGGGAAGGAGAUCGCAAUCCCCCAGCUGCCCCCGCUGGAGAUGCCGGCUCGGGAGGACCUGGGUCUGGACGACCUGCCUCCUCUGGAGCUGCCAGAGGACAUCAAACACGAACUGCAGGAGCUCCUGGACAGGGACAAGAUGACGAGAGAUGUGUCUUAAGCACAAGCACAAACCAGUGGCGAGCCUGGACAUCAACCCACCGGCUCCGUCUGAUCACACCUCGGCUUGAUCCGGUGGGGGCGGAGCUAUCUUGGGCAGGAUGGGGAUAAGAACAAAAUGCAUCCCAGCAAUUAGACACCUCCAACGCAAUCUCACAAAAAGGAAUCGUUCACCCACAACAUCUGUGGGAACAUUGGGGAGAUGUUUUGUUUGGUUAUUUUUAAUUUUACAGAAUUCUUUUGUUUAGUUUUGUCUGCCAGUAGACACAACUCUGAACAACUCGGCUGGCAUCAUUUCAUUGUUCCAAAGCUAAAUUAUAGAGCUUUUUAUCCAAUAAGUCAAAUUAUUUACAUAACAUUUUGUGAGUGCGUGUAUGUCUGAUCUGGGAGAGAAGACGAGCACGUGUAGGCCAAUGGCUGCAGAGUGAUGAUCAUUUGUACAUUACAUUUGGUAAACAUUAAAUAAAUAAUAUUACAUUGUUUGUUACAUUAGUGGGGGUUUUGUAACAUGGAGUUUAUUACUUUACUAUGUGAGGUGUUUAAACAAAUUACUUUGUUUUAACUUUAGAAGAAAAGUGUAGUUUUUGACGUAAUAUUGUUCCAGGAGAUACUCGUCCCACGACUCGUCACUUGAUAACCUCCAAACGACUCGUAUAGCUUUAUGGCUAUUAACGUUGUUCCAUCAUCCCGAGCAUCAACACGCCCCCCUGAUGUUACACCUCACACUUCCCAGCAUGCAUGAGUCCAAAUGGAGAGGUCGGCACCAACAUCCCGGCCCUGUGUGGUGGGAUCUGAGUAGUUCUGGUGUUUUGUACGAGGUCUUGUAGACACCUUUCAGUGGUGCCUUUAUUCAGAGUCCUUCCACAGAUUUCCUCAGCAGUCGGCUCUCCGCAAAGCCGCAGCGUCCUUUGGACGGGAACAGGAUGUUUACUCCGUGCCCACAUGUUAUUGUGUAAUGGCUUAGUGUGGAUUCACUCAACAACACAAGCUCGCUUGAGUGUUUUAGGAUUCUCGUGACUUUGAAGACAACCAAGAUGAAUAUAAUCAUUUCAGUUCUGGAUAUUCCAAAAUUAUAAACAUGGUCCAAGCUUGAACUGAUUAUUUUAGGUGUCUAAAAUAUGUCUCGUUAGCACAAAGUACUUGUUUGCAGUCUGACUGGCACGUGCAUGCAGACCGUCACACGAGGCAUUUGUAUCAACUUGAGUACUGGAACAAUCCAGAAGUAUGCAGCUCAUGGAAGCUAUAAAUCAACAUAAUGUUCUUUGGGCAACCAAACUGGCCCGCGGGCCAACUGCGGCCUACCCGUCAUUUACAAAUGGACAGAGGGAGUUUUUAAAAAUAAACUAGAGGAUGAAUUGA